GGAGCCGGGCGCCCCUCCCGUUCCGCGCCAGGGACGUCGCCGGGCCCGCUCCGGCCCCGGGCCCCGCGCGCAGCGAGCCGGGCACGGAGGACUGCGGCCGGCGGCAUGGCAGCCUCAGGGAUGCUUGUAGGAUGCGACAUCCUCAUCGUUUACAGCUCGGAUGCUGAGGAAUGGUGCCAGUACCUCCAGGACCUUUUCCUGUCCAGUCGGCAGGUCCAUAACCAGAAGAUGCUGACUUAUAGGCUGGGCCCCAAGACCUCCUUCUCAGCCGAGGACCUGAGCUUCUUUCUCCGCACACGCUGCAUCGUGGUGCUGCUGUCUGCAGAGCUGGUGCAGUGCUUCUGCCAGCCGGCCCUGCUGCCCCUACUGCAGAGAGCCUUCCAUCCUCCGCACCGCGUGGUGCGCCUGCUCUGCGGGGUGCCCGACAGCGAGGAGUUUCUGGACUUCUUUCCAGACUGGGCACACUGGCAGGAGCUCACCUGUGACGAUGAACCUGAGACUUACGUGGCAGCUGUGAGGAAGGCCAUUUCUGAAGAUUCUGGCUGCGACUCAGUCACUGACACCGAGACCGAGGACGAGAAGAUCCUUCCCUACUCGGAGCAGCAGAGCCUGCCACCGAAGACUUCACCUGGGAACCUGAUGGUGGUGCAGCCGGACCGCAUCCGCUGUGGGGCAGAAACCACUGUCUACGUCAUUGUGAGAUGUAAGCUGGAUGAGAGGGUGACAACAGAAGCCGAAUUUUCUCCUGAGGAUUCUCCCUCGAUAAGGGUGGAAGCCAAGCUGGAGAAUGAGUACACCGUUUCCAUGAAAGCUCCCAACCUUUCAUCUGGGAAUGUUUCUCUGAAGAUAUAUUCUGGGGAUUUAGUGGUGUGCGAAACCAUUAUCAGCUAUUAUACUGACAUGGAGGAAAUUGGGAAUUUAUUGUCCAAUGCUGCAAAUCCCGUGGAGUUCAUGUGUCAGGCCUUUAAAAUUGUGCCCUACAACACAGAGACCCUUGAUAAACUGCUAACAGAGUCCCUGAAGAACAACAUCCCUGCAAGUGGGCUGCACCUCUUUGGAAUCAACCAGCUGGAAGAGGAAGAUAUGAUGACAAAUCAGAGGGAUGAAGAGCUGCCCACGUUGUUGCACUUUGCUGCCAAGUAUGGACUGAAGAAUCUCACUGCCUUGUUGCUCACCUGUCCAGGAGCCCUACAGGCCUACAGUGUGGCCAACAAGCACGGCCACUACCCCAACACCAUUGCCGAGAAGCACGGCUUCCGGGACCUGCGGCAGUUCAUCGACGAGUAUGUGGAAACUGUGGACAUGCUGAAGAGUCACAUUAAAGAGGAACUGAUGCAAGGGGAGGAGGCUGACGCUGUGUAUGAGUCCAUGGCCCACCUUUCCACAGACCUGCUCAUGAAGUGCUCCCUCAACCCCGGCUGUGACGAGGACCUGUAUGAGUCCAUGGUGGCCUUUGUCCCAGCUGCCACCGAGGACCUCUACGUUGAAAUGCUUCAGGCCAGUACAUCUAAUCCAAUCCCUGGAGAUGGUUUCUCUCGGACCACUAAGGAUUCUAUGAUCCGCAAGUUUUUAGAAGGCAACAGCGUGAGAAUGUCCAGUUUGGAGAGGGAGGUACACCAUCUUGGUCAGGAAGAAGAUGUUUAUCACACAGUGGAUGAUGAUGAGGCCUUUUCCGUGGACUUGGCCAACAGGCCCCCUGUCCCAGUGCCCAGGCCAGAGGCCAGUGCUUCUGGCACUCACCAGCUGUCUGACAAUGAACCAUACAUUUCUAAAGUUUUUGCAGAAAAAAGUCAAGAGCGGCCUGAGAAUUUCUACGUUACCUCAGAGAGCAUCAGGAAAGAGCCACCUGUCAGACCCUGGAGGGACAGGCCUCAGUCAAGCGUGUAUGACCCAUUUGCUGGGAUGAAAACUCCAGGCCAGCGGCAGCUUAUUACCCUCCAGGAGCAGGUGAAGCUGGGCAUCGUCAACGUGGAUGAGGCCGUGCUCCACUUCAAAGAGUGGCAGCUCAACCAGAAGAAGCGGUCUGAGUCCUUUCGUUUCCAGCAGGAAAAUCUUAAACGGCUAAGAGAUAGCAUCACCCGAAGACAGAGAGAGAAGCAAAAAUCAGGAAAGCAGACAGACUUGGAGAUCACGGUCCCAAUUCGGCACUCACAGCACCUGCCAGGGAAAGUGGAGUUUGGAGUCUAUGAGAGUGGCCCCAGGAAAAGCGUCUUUCCCCCAAGGACAGAGCUAAGACGAGGAGACUGGAAAACAGACAGUACCUCCAGCACAGCAAGCAGCGCGAGUAACCGAUCCAGCACCCGAAGCCUCCUCAGUGUGAGCAGCGGGAUGGAGGCGGACAACGAGGAUAAUGAAGCCCCCGAGGUUACCAGAAGUCGUAGUCCAGGCCCCCCACAAGUGGACAGCACACCCAUCGUGCCCCUUGAGAGGCCCCCCAGGGUGCCGCCCCGAGCCGCCUCACAGAGGCCUCCAACCAGGGAGACCUUCCAUCCUCCUCCGCCUGUUCCACCCAGAGGUCGCUGAUUCUACCUCCUAAAGCCUGCCUACUUCGGGACCUUGAGACUUGUGGUUUUCAGCCUGUUGAUGAUGUCUUCAUGUUGAGUUUUAUGGCCUGACUGCUGACCUUAAGACCCAAUCUCAUUGCUGAUAUUGUUGCGGCCCUGCUGGUCUGGGCUUUCCUUGAAGAAGAUAUUAUUAAGGCACAAAGAGGUGAAACUAAGGACUUCAUUCACCAUCAUCAAGUAUAUUGAUCCCUAUUCUUGUUUGCCAAGAGGAUGACGACUUAAUUGGAAUACUUACCUCUAAUUUGGCAUGUCAGGAGCCUGAAAAGAUUGUUCAGAAAUGUACAUUACAAGUGAUUUUACUGAAAUGCACUUAUAUUAGGUCUUACUUAUUUGCUAGUCCAAUCUAAUUUCUAGAAGUGAUUAUGAUUUGACUUACAGUAUCCAAGUAAGAAGAUAUGUCCUAAUUUUUAAAUGAUUCUUCAGCUUUUCUGUAGCUUCAGGAAGGUGUUUAAAUGCCAGGGCUGGUCACAUACAACAAACUCAAAAGGAUUUUAGAGAGGGAUUAGUCCUAACUCCUUUUAUAUAGAAGGCAAAUCUGAGGUUUCACAGAAGCCCGGAACCAAGAAUACUCAGUUGGUUAGAGGAAGAGGUGGGUCUAGAAUCAGGACCUGCUGAUUCCAGGUCACCAUACUUUCCAUCUCCAAAUAGCCAAGCUCUCUCCCUCAAGAAAUGCCCAGAUGUAGAAAUUUGGUCAGUGACUGACUAUUGGCCUUCCAGAAGUUUCCUCCUUCCAUACCUCCCAGGUAUGGGACUAUCAAGUAUUUGGAGCAUUUAUAAUUCAGUAUGCUUGCAAAACAGUGAUGUUACCAAAGAACAUCUAAAAAAUGGUUGGGAACCAGAAGCUUGGGAUGCCAGGGACCCCACUUAUUGCUCUGCAUCCUUAGAUGCAGAGCAGUAGAUCUUAGUUCUGGCCAUAGGAGAGAGGAGGACCCUCGACUUUUACUCUGCUGAGGGGUCAGAAGAAGAAGGAGGAACUUAAAAUAGAAAUAGUUAUCUAUUUCGUUAUAUACACGUUAUUACCACCAGGCUUAGGAAAUUUGUGCAGAGAAUGUAGAGCCUUAAACAUAUCAUUAAUUUUGAGUCCCUAGCACAUAAAUCUACCUUCAAAGCACAGGCCCUUAAUUGAUGCUUAAACAUACAGUAAAAUUAGUAUCAGACCUAUUUCUUUAAAAAUUGUCAGAAAUCUGGUGCUUCUCCAUGAAAUUAUUCUCCAUCCCACACAAAGAUAUAAAAGACAUACUAUUAAAGAUCCAUUUAAGUACAGUUUUAUUGGGUCCUUUUGUAAUGAUUAAUGGUUCUUUUUCAAUCAAAUUCCUCAGUCCAGCAAACAAGGACUUAUUGAAGUUAAUAGCUUCUGAGAUCUUGGGUUUUUGUUUUUCUGUUUUUUUUGUUUUGUUUUGUUUUUUCCUGACAUACAAUACACUAUUGGCGCUGGCCAUUAAGAGAGGAUUUGUGGAAAUUUUACCUACCACAAUGCCUGGCACAUAGUAGCCAUUUUGCAAUGGUCCCUUUACUCCUCUUGUCACUUAUCUGGGAGAAAUAGGGUAAUAUGAGAUAAAAGGAGAAUGAGAAAUACAAGGUUGGUAUGGUUAUCCUUCCCCUUAUUGAUAGUCUCUGUUUUAAGUACAUUUGAUCUUGAUAAAAGCUAUACUUUUAAAGAUAUUUAGUACCUCUAAGCUCCCUUUUGGAUGCGAAAUUUAGACUUUUUUUUUUUUUUUUACAUUCUUUGAUUAACAAGCAUUUAGAUCAGUAACAUGGCAAAACCUACUGCCAGCCAAUGGUGUUACCAUCUUUGUAUGCACAUCACUGUGCAAUAUUGGAAUAUUUUAUUGCAUUUUUAUUCUUAUAUGAAAAUAAGUGGAAAACAUAAAAUUGAAAGUGCUUAUGAGAUACCUGGGUUUCAUAAAUGUGACACACACUUGAGACACAGAAGGAAAUGAUCAGGAGUGCCAAGUCAAAAUGACAAGUCUUAAAUCCUCAUUGAAUGUUCACUGAACAUCCAAAAUGACUGGUUGUGUGUAAAAGUAAAAGAGGAAAAUGAAAUAUUUGGAUGAAACACUGGGAUCACGUUAUCAAAGAAUGUCUCUAAUGCCGGGGUGAAAUUUUUCAUUCUCUAGAAACAGAACCAUCCAUUAUAAUGUAAAUUUAUUCAGCUUCCACACACUCAACUUUUGUAUACAUUUUUAGGAAUACAUUAUGUAACAAAACCAUGAAUUUAAAUACAAUGAGAAUCAGAAACUAAAUUGUAGCUAGGUGUCCAAAGAGACAGUUAAAAAGUUCUCUAUAUGAUGCCUUGGGAGACAGCUGUGCGGCCACCAUCCUUCCCCAAGAUUUUACAAACUGGCUCAAUAGACAGUGAAGCUAUUAGUCAUAUUCACUGCCAUUGCCUUUGCCUCUAACUGUGCAAGGUACAUUGUCCUCCAGUUCCCAGGCCAGCACUGUUCCUUCAUCUUAUAUUAAAACCUGUGAGCAGACAACCCAACUAUAUGAGCAACACAGUAUGAAUACUGAGAGACUCUGAACAGGAGGUUUGUGUUGCAAUCAAAUAAUUUAACUUGACGUAUUUAAUGAUGUGAAUAAUCCCUAAUGCUUUGCCAUAAUUAGGCAAAGUAAUAGUAUGUAAAUGACUUCAAUAAAUAUUGUUACAAGUCAAGCUAAGUUACAUACCCUCUCCCCCUCUUUUGUCUUACUUUGUUAUUAAAAAAGAGAGAUCCUACUCUGUCCUACAUCACCUCAAUAGCUUGGAUUUUUAGAUCCCUCUCCCAUUUGCCCCUGGAAGUAAGUUGGUUUUCUGUGCUGUCUUUCAAAGCAUAGUGUGUGGUUUUGCAGCUGGUUGGCUGAAGAAGCAUUAGUAACAGAUUUAUUUCUAAGAAAGACAAGUAGCUAAUUUGGAUAACUCUAGAAGAUUCAUCCUAAAAAUCAGUCCUCAAUUUUGAGGAAUCUUCCUGUAUAAAUAUUUGCUUUGGUUUGAUAAAUAGUCUUCUAUUCAUUUCCAAGUGAGUUAUUAAGAAUAUAAAAUGGCCUUCCUCAUUCAUUCCUGAUGGCCAGAUACUAUGUUCACCAGAGUGGUAAGAGGAUGAGUAGGAGGUUGAAAGAUGUAUUCUGAAUUCUGAGGCAAAACUCAGAAUUAGUUUUCUCAUAGAAACUGUAAUAAAUAGGUUCCUUGGUGAGCUAACCAGAGCCCAUUUAACCCACAAUAUAGGAGAAAAUGUCUUAGCUAGCCAUGCAGUAAGAGUUAGCAUGAUGUAGAGAAAGGACAUGGCUUGGAAGUCAGGAAACCUGGAUUUUAUUUUGGACUGCUGAUGACUUGCUGAACUCACUUAACUUGACUCCCCAUCAUCUGUGAAGUAAAAUGUUUUGUGUUUAGUAAUAACCCAGGUCCCUUUACCUCUUUAAGUUUAGGACUAAGGCAAGGGGUAGGGAAUACCUCAUUCUGAUGAAGGAGGGAGACAACCUUACUAGACUCACCACCUAAUUAGCAAGGGAUCUUAUUAUGUGGCAACUCCCAUUCUAUGCCCUGUAUCAGUGUUAUGACAGAUCAGUUAAAAGAAAUGUGUCAGAAACAGUGAAAUGGGAACUGUACAAAGAAAUUAAUAGCUUUAGUUGCUCUUUGGUCUAAGAACCAAUGUUUUAAGUGAUUGCUUCCUAAAGAAAGAAUUCAGAACAAUUAUAAAAUUCUUCAGUAUCUAGAACACUUCAUCUAGAACAGAAAAGGUAGAGGUAGAAGGUGGUAAAUAACAAUAGAAAAGUAGGUUACUAACAAGACAAACAUAACAAAGUAGAAAGAAGAAAUAAAAUUUCAAAGAAAAGGUAGCUGAGGAUGGAAAUCAGAAGAUAUGUUGUCAUCUAUAGACCAAGACUUUUGA